AUGAAGCCAAUGCCAAAUGAGAUUGCAACAAGCAAAGUAUAUAAUGAACUUAUGAAGCAUAUUCCUAUUACACAUCUUACUUUAAGAAAAAGGGUUGAAAAAACCAACAAAGUUUACAAAUUAUUUAAGGGAGUUGGUGUUGAAAAAAUAGAAAGAAUUAAUGAAACUACUGCAAAUGAAAUUUCUACCUUCUCCCUAGAACAAAUAGAUUUAAUUAUUGCUAAUAUAACUAGUAAUUAG